AUGGAGACAGAUCCAAAACCAAGGAAUUUGGCUGAAGCAAAUGAUUUUGUCUCAGUGCAAAACCCAAUAUCCCGAAGGCGAAAACCAGGUUAUCUUCUUAGGGCACUACUUGAUGAGCAUUACCCGCCUGGUUUUCUCAGAAAGGUGGUGGCAGAGACAAUAGCGACCUAUCUUUUGGUGUUUGUGACGUGUGGUUCAGCUGCUCUUAGCGCAGCUGAUGAAAACAGAGUCUCAAAACUGGGAGCCUCCGUUGCCGGAGGGCUUAUUGUGACUGUGAUGAUCUAUGCAGUAGGACACAUCUCCGGCGCACACAUGAACCCGGCCGUCACUCUAGCUUUUGCAGCUGUCAGACAUUUUCCAUGGAAGCAGGUCCCAGUUUAUGCAGCAGCUCAACUGGGUGGGGCUAUUUCUGCUGCAUUUACGCUGCGUGUAAUAUUGCACCCAAUAAAGGAUCUCGGCACUACAUCACCAACAGGAACAGAAAUUAAAGCUCUAGUCACGGAGAUGGUGGUGACAUUUACUAUGAUGUUCACCGCUUCAGCUGUUGCAACGGAUACUAAAGCUAUAGGAGAGCUUGCGGGUCUUGCAGUUGGUUCUGCAGUAUGCAUCACAUCCAUCUUUGCCGGACCAAUAUCAGGGGGAUCUAUGAACCCAGCGAGGACAAUAGGUCCAGCACUUGCAAGCGCAUCCUAUAAGGGGAUUUGGGUGUAUUUCGUCGGCCCAGUGACUGGAACGCUUCUAGGGGCAUGGGCUUACAAACUGAUUCGGGUGCGGGAUGAAUUAGUUCACUCAACAUCAAUAUCCACUAAGGUGCCGGAUGAAUUAGUUCACCCAAUAUCCACUGAGGAGCAGCGAAGAGAGGUGAUUAUAUAUCCUGAGAAUUCUGUGUGAAGGGAUGGUUGUGCCCAUGAUGGGGAAAUUGUGACAAGCUUCU